GAAACUUUGGUAGUGACAAACUUAAGAAUUGCCAAAAGUCCAACAUGAUCGAUUCGACUAUAUAAACACAUUACACAUACUUAGUUUAGUUCUUGCAUGCCUUACCAGAAGAACAAGAUGAAAAUAAUCGUACUAAGAUGUGUAGUUACACUUCUUCUGCUCAGUGUUUCAAUAACAGAUGCAAUAGAGAAUCCACACAACAGACACAGAGACGAAGACAAGAAUAGGUUUGCUAGAAGAAAUAAGAGAGACAAAAGCAGAAGACGAAACCGAAGUAGAAACGGAGAAGCCUUCUCAACAAGGUGCGACGUGUUUUUCCGGUGCAUUUUCGGCACUUGCGGUCAAUGGAAUUUCCCUGUUUCCCCUUGUCCUGAAAACCCUUUUUUGCCUCCUCCGGUGAUCUUACCACCGCCUCUUCCCCUUCCGCCUCCUCCCUCACUUCCUCUUGUCACACCCUGCUCACCACCACCGCCUCCAAUCAUAGAAAACGGUGCACCACCGCCACCGUGUGUUACCUGUGUACAAGCAUCACCGCCGCCACCACCAAUUGCUGUUCCUUGCCCACCUCCGCCAUCCCCACCGCCGCCUCCUCCCCCACAGCCUUGCAUUACUUGUGUUCCAACCCCAGCACCGCCUCCUCCACAGCCUUGCAUAACCUGUGUCCCAACCCCGGCACCGCCUCCUCCACAGCCUUGCAUUACUUGUGUUGCAGCCCCUGAACCGCCUCCUCCGCAGCCUUGCAUUACUUGCGUCCCAGCACCAGCUCCACCUACACCAGUACCUUGUCCGUCGCCGCCAGUUACUCCAGUUAUGCCAUUUGUCCCUACACCGAUUCUUAUACUCCCUCCACUGCCGCCUUUAUUUCCCGUUCUACCACCACCGUCACCAUCGGCGACGCCUUCCCCUGUUCCAAUCCUACCUCCACCUGCUCCGGUUCUACCCCUUUCUCCACCCUCUGCGCCGCUUCCGCCACCGUUAUCUUCUUCUCUUCCCUCACCACCCCUUCCUCUAGUUUUAUCGCCACCGCCACCUGGUAGCUCGGUUUCACAGCCACCGUUUACAAUGACACCACCUCCUCUCUUAGGCGACGGAGCUCCGGGUAUCACCGGUUCACCUCCUCCCCUACUAGGUGGCGGAGCUCCGGGUAUCACCGGUUCACCUCCUCCCCUUCUAGGUGGCGGAGUUCCGGGUAUCAGCGGUUCACCCCCUUCGCCGCUAGUUGCCGACAUACCGCCCAUGCCACCAAUAGCAUGGUUUUCGCCGCCUGAUAUACCUACUGGAUCAACCCCGCCAUUAGACCGGUCUACAUUAACGCCGCCAGCUGCACAAUUUCCACCGCCGAUUACAGCCAUCGGAACUCCUCCACCGGUAGAUGAUCUCCCACCGGAUGUAGUCAUCGGUCAACCACUGAUUCCAUCGCCCCCUGAUCAAUCUGCGCCGGAGCUUCCACCACCUGAUGUAAUCAUCGAACCACCAAUUGACCAGCCAACACCUUCAUCACCAGUCACUCCCGAGAUACUUCCUCCACCGGUCCAAGAAUUCCCGCCAAUUUUACCUCCACCGACUGAAAACCUCCCUUCGAUUUUACCUCCCCCGGCUGAAGAUUUCCCGCCAAUUUUGCCUCCACCGGUUCAGGACUUUCCGCCGAUCUUACCUCCACCGGUUCAAGAAUUCCCUCCGAUCUUACCUCCACCGGUUGAAGACCUCCCUACGAUUUUACCUCCGCCAGUACAAGAAUUUCCUCCGAUUCUACCCCCACCGGUUCAAGAGAUCCCGCCGGUAUUCACAUUACCACCGACUGUAGAAUACCCACCGACAGUUCCAGUAUUCUCCACACCGCCAGUCCUCGGAGAUUUCCCACCGCAAACUCCCGUUUUUACCAAUCCGCCAGAGGUCACGAAUCCAUGGCUACCGCCUGAGCAACCGCCGGUAACGUCAUUCGCGCCACCGAUCGAGUCCAUCCCAACGAUACCGGAUAAUCCAAUUCCGGUUACACCAAUCCCGGACAUGGGUUCAAAUCAACCAUUGGUUCAGCUUCCUCCUCCCACUUGGGAUUCACCACCAUUUAAUCGUUAAUUAUAAUUUUCAAAUUCUCGUUUAAAAAGAAAAAAAUUAUAAAAAUCAUGUAAUGGUGUAAUCUAAACGUAAUAAGCCGCGAAAUGCCACUUUGUACAAAUUCA